AUGAGUUUUGGUUUUAUUCUCGGUGCUGGUUUGGUUGCCGCCUUUGGGUAUCUCGUGUCUUGGUGUAUCUACUGCCGGAGUUUCCAUCCCCUCAGCAAAGUUCCUGGGCCCUUCUGGCCGUCAGUCACCCGACUAUGGCUCACAUAUGCUGUCGCAAGAGGAGACUUGGACGUGGUGCAACGGGAAUUGCAUAGGAGAUACGGACCACUUGUCCGCAUUGCGCCAGAUGAGGUUGCUUGUGCCGACCCCGAAGCGAUUCGCAAGAUAUACAGCACAACCUCACCACUGAAUAAGUCUGAUUUCUAUCAUAUUUGGGAUGCGGGAGCCUUCUCAAAAUAUCCCAACGCGUUCGCAAUCGUCGACGAAAAGCUGCACUUUGAACGACGACGCAUCGUGAACAGCGUGUACAGUAUGUCUACUGUCUUGACCUUGGAGUCCUACAUUGACGACUGCAGUCGCUUGUUUGUUGAGCGUAUGACUGAGCGUACCGUUCCCGAUCAAGCGAUUGAUCUCGGGGAUUGGUUUCUAUGGUAUGCCUACGACGUUAUUGGAGAGCUCUUUUUUGGCCGCUCUCUCGGCUUCAUCGAGAAUCGUGGCGACCAAGGGGCCUUUCUCGCAUCUCUGGAGUUAAUGCUUCCUGUGCUAACAACGGCGGCAGCUUCUUCGCCUCUGGUCCGGGGACUGAUUAUGGGCUUAUUCACGCUCAGCUCUACCGCACGCAAAGGGCUCAAAGGAAUGAAUCACAUAAUUGAAACGGCACGCACGAGCGUAGACAACAGAGUCUCCGCUGUUUCACCUCCUGGAAAACAAGAGAGAAGGGAUCUUUUGCAUAACCUGCUCACCAUUGUCUAUUCCAAAGGGGACAAAUUGGACUUCGGAAUCGAAGAUGUCAAGAACGAGGCCUUUGCGGCUCUGACAGCAGGCGCGGACGCAACUAUGAUUGAGCUGCAAGCUGUCUUCUAUUACCUUGCAAAGGAUCGUUUUGUAUAUGAAGAGCUUCGAAAGGAAAUUGACCAAGCCGUGGACAGUGGGGAACUCUCCGAUAUCCCCAGUUAUUCCGAAGUCGUCCAGCUCCCACUUCUCAAGGCAACUAUCAAAGAGGCAUUGCGGUUGCAUCCUGGUGUGGGGUUCACUAUGCCUCGAGUCGUCGAUCAGACUGGGAUUGAGCUAUCAGGAAUGUAUAUCCCACACGGAUGGAAAGUCGGUAUGAACGCGGCCGUCGUAGGACGAGACGAAGGCGUAUACGGCCUGGAUGCCAAUACGUUCCGUCCAGAAAGAUGGCUCGAACGCACUGAUUCCAACAUGGACAGAUGCAACAACCUGGUGUUUGGGGCGGGCACGAGAACCUGCAUUGGCAAGCAUAUUGCUCUUAGCGAGUUAUACAAAAUGGUACCACUAUUGGUUCGAAAAUUCGAUUUUGUUUUAGUGGACUCGAGUAAGAGCUGGACGACCCAUGACUACUUUUUCAAUAAGCAGAGUGGCCUUCAGGUCAUGGUCAAGGUGCGAGGCCUAUAA